AUGUCAACACCAUCAUCAGGAAUAUUACCAUUCACAGAAGCAAACACAAAACGAAUCUCAUCAUUAUUUAGACAAGCAAUGCGUACAGCAUUUGAUCAUAGUUAUAAAUUUGAUUUAUAUAGAAAAUCAAUAAAUAAUAUAAGAUCACAAUUUGAUUCAAAUAAACAAAUAAAUGAUCCAACAAAAUUAGAUUCAAUAAUUGAAGAAACAAAAUUAAAAUUAAAAGAAUGGAAACAUCCUGAUCCUUAUAUUCCUCCUUCAAGACCUGGUGGAACUAAAUAUCAAAGAAAUAUUCCUGUUGCUAGAGAACCUUUAGUACCUGGCGAUUGGUAA